AGCCCAGGGCUCAAUACAGUAGCCUACUACCCUUGUUGAGAGUGAUGAAGCCCAGGGCUCAAUACAAUAGGCUGUUACCCUUGGUGAGAGUGACGAAUCCCAGGGCUCAAGACAAUAGGCUGCUACCCUUGGUGAGAGUGAUGAAGCCCAGGGCUCAAUACAAUAGGCUGCUACCCUUGGUGAGAGUGCUGAAGCCCAGGGCUCAAUACAAUAGCCUACUACCCUUGUUGAGAGUGCUGAAGCCCAGGGCUCAAUACAAUAGGCUGCUAGGCUUGGUGAGAGUGAUGAAGCCCAGGGCUCAAUACAAUAGCCUACUACCCUUGUUGAGUGUGAUGAAGCCCAGGGCUCAAUACAAUAGGCUGCUACCCUUGGUGAAACUGAUGAAGCCCAGGGCUCAAUACAAUAGGCUGCUACCCUUGUUGAGUGUGAUGAAGCCCAGGGCUCAAUACAAUAGGCUGCUACCCUUGGUGAGAGUGAUGAAGCCCAGGGCUCAAUACAAUAGGCUGCUACCCUUGGUGAGAGUGAUGAAGCCCAGGGCUCAAUACAAUAGGCUGCUACCCUUGUUGAGAGUGAUGAAGCCCAGGGCUCAAUACAGUAGCCUACUACCCUUGUUGAGAGUGAUGAAGCCCAGGGCUCAAUACAAUAGGCUGUUACCCUUGGUGAGAGUGACGAAUCCCAGGGCUCAAGACAAUAGGCUGCUACCCUUGGUGAGAGUGACGAAGCCCAGGGCUCAAUACAAUAGGCUGCUACCCUUGGUGAGAGUGACGAAGCCCAGGGCUCAAUACAAUAGGCUGCUACCCUUGGUGAGAGUGAUGAAGCCCAGGGCUCAAUACAAUAGCCUACUACCCUUGUUGAGUGUGAUGAAGCCCAGGGCUCAAUACAAUAGGCUGCUAGCCUUGGUGAGAGUGACGAAUCCCAGGGCUCAAGAUAAUAGGCUGCUACCCUUGGUGAGAGUGACGAAGCCCAGGGCUCAAUACAAUAGGCUGUUACCCUUGGUGAGAGUGACGAAGCCCAGGGAUCAAUACAAUAGGCUACUACCCUUGGUGAGAGUGAUGAAGCCCAGGGCUCAAUACAAUAGGCUGCUACCCUUGGUGAGAGUGAUGAAGCCCAGGGCUCAAUACAAUAGGCUGCUACCCUUGUUGAGAGUGAUGAAGCCCAGGGCUCAAUACAGUAGCCUACUACCCUUGUUGAGAGUGAUGAAGCCCAGGGCUCAAUACAAUAGGCUGUUACCCUUGGUGAGAGUGACGAAUCCCUGGGCUCAAGACAAUAGGCUGCUACCCUUGGUGAGAGUGACGAAGCCCAGGGCUCAAUACAAUAGGCUGCUACCCUUGGUGAGAGUGACGAAGCCCAGGGCUCAAUACAAUAGGCUGCUACCCCUUGGUGAGAGUGAUGAAGCCCAGGGCUCAAUACAAUAGCCUACUACCCUUGUUGAGUGUGAUGAAGCCCAGGGCUCAAGAUAAUAGGCUGCUACCCUUGGUGAGAGUGACGAAGCCCAGGGCUCAAUACAAUAGGCUGUUACCCUUGGUGAGAGUGACGAAGCCCAGGGAUCAAUACAAUAGGCUACUACCCUUGGUGAGAGUGAUGAAGCCCAGGGCUCAAUACAAUAGGCUGCUACCCUUGUUGAGUGUGAUGAAGCCCAGGGCUCAAUACAAUAGGCUGCUACCCUUGGUGAGAGUGAUGAAGCCCAGGGCUCAAUACAAUAGGCUGCUACCCUUGGUGAGAGUGAUGACCCCAGGGCUCAAUACAGUAGGCUGCUACCCUUGGUGAGAGUGAUGAAGCCCAGGGCUCAAUAGGCUGCUACCCUUGGUGAGAGUGAUGAAGCCCAGGGCUCAAUACAAUAGGCUGCUACCCUUGGUGAGAGUGAUGAAGCCCAGGGCUCAAUACAAUAGGCUGCUACCCUUGGUGAGAGUGACGAAGCUCAGAGCUCAAUACAAUAGGCUGCUACCCUUGGUGAGAGUGAUGAAGCCCAGGGCUCAAUACAAUAGGCUGCUACCCUUGUUGAGAGUGAUGAAGCCCAGGGCUCAAUACAAUAGCCUACUACCCUUGUUGAGAGUGAUGAAGCCCAGGGCUCAAUACAAUAGCCUACUACCCUUGUUGAGUGUGAUGAAGCCCAGGGCUCAAUACAAUAGGCACUACCCUUGGUGAGUGUGAUGAAGCCCAGGGCUCAAUACAAUAGCCUACUACCCUUGUUGUGGAAUGAGGUUCAGGUUAACACAGUACACUUGGUGUAUUGAUUUAAGAUGGCAGAAAGAGGGUGGUUCCCACACAGACAAUAAAAUAUAGUAUUAUUUGUAAUGUCAUUUUUUUUCAUUCUUGGUGACAACAAAAGAUUGGUAAAACAAAGUUGUGAGUGAACAUGUUCCCUUCAUUAAGAAUUUAGAAUUCUUUCUUUGUUUUGUUCACUUCAGUUGUGGAUUCUCCCACCUGUGAUAACGGUUACCUCAGGGUCCAUAUUUAUAAAGUACUGAUUCAUGUCCUUCCCCUCCAUAUAAUCCUAUUCAUAAAAUUGUAUUUUGUCACAUGCGCUGAAUACAACAGGUGUAGGUAGACCUUACUGUGAAAUGCUUAAUUAAAAGUCCUUAACCAACAAUGCAGUUGUUAAGAAAAUAGAAUUAAGAAAAUAUGAACAAAAAUAAACUAAAGUUUAAAAAAAUAUAUAAUAAAAAAAUAACGAGGCUAUAUACAGCGGGUACCUGUACCAGUUCAGUGUGCGGGGGGUACAGGUUAGUCGAGGUAAUUUGUACGUGUAGGUAGGGGUAAAGUGACUGUAUAGAUAAUAAACAGACAGUAACAGCAGUCAUCUAAAAGACUAAACUGAUCCUAGAUCAGCACGUAUUCUCAGAGACUCGUACAUACGGUCCCUGGUGUCUAACAGUUGUAGUUGUGUAUCUAGAUGGCUGAAGGUGUUAAAUGAAUCUCUAAUAGUUGUAGUUGUGUAUCUAGAUGGCUGAAGGUGUUUAAAUGAAUCUCUAACAGUUGUAGUUGUGUAUCUAGAUGGCUGAAGGUGUUAAAUGAAUCUCUAACAGUUGUAGUUGUGUAUCUAGAUGGCUGAAGGUGUUAAAUGAAUCUCUAAUAGUUGUAGUUGUGUAUCUAGAUGGCUGAAGGUGUUUAAAUGAAUCUCUAACAGUUGUAGUUGUGUAUCUAGAUGGCUGAAGGUGUUAAAUGAAUCUCUAACAGUUGUAGUUGUGUAUCUAGAUGGCUGAAGGUAAAUGAAUCUCUAACAGUUGUAGUUGUGUAUCUAGAUGGCUGAAGGUAAAUGAAUCUCUAACAGUUGUAGUUGUGUAUCUAGAUGGCUGAAGGUGUUUAAAUGAAUCUCUAACAGUUUUAGUUGUGUAUCUAGAUGGCUGAAGGUGUUAAAUGAAUCUCUAACAGGUGUAGUUGUGUAUCUAGAUGGCUGAAGGUGUAAAUGAAUCUCUAACAGUUGUAGUUGUGUAUCUAGAUGGCUGAAGGUGUUAAAUGAAUCUCUAAUAGUUGUAGUUGUGUAUCUAGAUGGCUGAAGGUGUUUAAAUGAAUCUCUAACAGUUGUAGUUGUGUAUCUAGAUGGCUGAAGGUGUUAAAUGAAUCUCUAACAGUUGUAGUUGUGUAUCUAGAUGGCUGAAGGUAAAUUAAUCUCUAACAGUUGUAGUUGUGUAUCUAGAUGGCUGAAGGUGUUUAAAUGAAUCUCUAACAGUUGUAGUUGUGUAUCUAGAUGGCUGAAGGUGUGUAAAUGAAUCUCUAAUAGUUGUAGUUGUGUAUCUAGAUGGCUGAAGGUGUUUAAAUGAAUCUCUAACAGUUGUAGUUGUGUAUCUAGAUGGCUGAAGGUGUGUAAAUGAAUCUCUAAUAGUUGUAGUUGUGUAUCUAGAUGGCUGAAGGUGUUUAAAUGAAUCUCUAACAGUUGUAGUUGUGUAUCUAGAUGGCUGAAGGUAAAUGAAUCUCUAACAGUUGUAGUUGUGUAUCUAGAUGGCUGACGGUAAAUGAAUCUCUAACAGUUGUAGUUGUGUAUCUAGAUGGCUGAAGGUGUGUAAAUGAAUCUCUAAUAGUUGUAGUUGUGUAUCUAGAUGGCUGAAGGUGUUUAAAUGAAUCUCUAACAGUUGUAGUUGUGUAUCUAGAUGGCUGAAGGUGUGUAAAUGAAUCUCUAAUAGUUGUAGUUGUGUAUCUAGAUGGCUGAAGGUGUUUAAAUGAAUCUCUAACAGUUGUAGUUGUGUAUCUAGAUGGCUGAAGGUGUGUAAAUGAAUCUCUAAUAGUUGUAGUUGUGUAUCUAGAUGGCUGAAGGUGUUUAAAUGAAUCUCUAACAGUUGUAGUUGUGUAUCUAGAUGGCUGAAGGUAAAUGAAUCUCUAACAGUUGUAGUUGUGUAUCUAGAUGGCUGACGGUAAAUGAAUCUCUAACAGUUGUAGUUGUGUAUCUAGAUGGCUGAAGGUGUGUAAAUGAAUCUCUAAUAGUUGUAGUUGUGUAUCUAGAUGGCUGAAGGUGUUUAAAUGAAUCUCUAACAGUUGUAGUUGUGUAUCUAGAUGGCUGAAGGUGUGUAAAUGAAUCUCUAAUAGUUGUAGUUGUGUAUCUAGAUGGCUGAAGGUGUUUAAAUGAAUCUCUAACAGUUGUAGUUGUGUAUCUAGAUGGCUGAAGGUGUGUAAAUGAAUCUCUAAUAGUUGUAGUUGUGUAUCUAGAUGGCUGAAGGUGUUUAAAUGAAUCUCUAACAGUUGUAGUUGUGUAUCUAGAUGGCUGAAGGUGUGUAAAUGAAUCUCUAAUAGUUGUAGUUGUGUAUCUAGAUGGCUGAAGGUGUUUAAAUGAAUCUCUAACAGUUGUAGUUGUGUAUCUAGAUGGCUGAAGGUGUUUAAAUGAAUCUCUAACAGUUGUAGUUGUGUAUCUAGAUGGCUGACGGUAAAUGAAUCUCUAACAGUUGUAGUUGUGUAUCUAGAUUGCUGAAGGUGUUAAAUGAAUCUCUAACAGUUGUAGUUGUGUAUCUAGAUGGCUGACGGUAAAUGAAUCUCUAACAGUUGUAGUUGUGUAUCUAGAUGGCUGACGGUGUAAAUGAAUGUCGUGGUG